UUUUAUUCGCAUGUCUCCUUCUCUGUCUCCACAAGGGGCAGCGGCGGCCUGAGGGUGUCGAGCUGGUGGUAGCUCACUCCCCCCUUCCUCCCUGCCUUCUCCUUUCCCAGCCACUUCUCUCCCACACGGAAUAACUCACCAGAGCGGGCUCCGCAGCACCAUAUAUCUCAUAGCAGCUCACACCUCUCAAUUAUUGAUGGUAUUGCGGACAAAGUUCUUGACAGACUGUUCCGUGGCGCGAUUCUGUGCACCGAGCAGCAGAAACAGUUCUCAGGCAUUGGCUGAAUGCUGCCAUCUGCCCAGCCGAUAACAUUCAGGAGACCGGAAUAACACCCGCCAAAAUGUCUCGAAACUCCUACCGAGAUGAUGCAGAGCGCUACCUCUUUGUUGACCGGAACCCUACGAGCGUCACAGCCACACAAGCCGACUGGACAGCAAAACGCCAGGUUUGGGUACCCUCAGAGAAGCAUGGGUUUGAAGCAGCCAGCAUAAAGGAGGAGCGUGGGGAGGAGGUCAUUGUGGAGCUGGCAGAGAAUGGCAAGAGAGUGCCCGUGGCAAAGGAUGACAUCCAGAAGAUGAACCCACCCAAAUUUACUAAGGUGGAAGAUAUGGCGGAGCUGACCUGCCUGAAUGAAGCAUCAGUUCUGCACAAUCUCAAAGACCGAUAUUACUCGGGGCUUAUUUAUACUUAUUCUGGCCUCUUCUGUGUUGUGAUUAACCCCUACAAGAACUUGCCCAUUUACACGGAACAAAUAGUGGAGAUGUAUCGAGGGAAGAAACGGCACGAGAUUCCCCCACACAUAUAUGCAAUAUCAGAGACUGCAUAUCGCAGCAUGCUGCAAGAUCGAGAGGAUCAGUCCAUCCUUUGCACUGGAGAAUCAGGUGCCGGCAAGACAGAGAACACAAAGAAAGUCAUCCAAUAUUUGGCACAUGUGGCUUCUUCACAUAAGGGGCGAAAGGAGCACACAGCCCCGAGCUCCAGUAAUACGUUUUACGGAGAGCUAGAGCACCAGCUCCUGCAGGCCAACCCGAUAUUGGAAGCUUUUGGCAAUGCCAAGACUGUAAAAAAUGACAACUCUUCUCGAUUUGGUAAAUUUAUCCGCAUUAAUUUUGAUGUUGCUGGUUACAUCGUUGGAGCCAACAUUGAGACUUAUUUGUUGGAGAAGUCUCGUGCUAUUCGACAAGCUAAAGACGAAAGAACAUUCCAUGUUUUUUACCAGCUUCUAGCAGGAGCAGGGGAGCACAUGAAAACCGACUUGCUUCUGGAGGGCUUCAAUCAGUACCGUUUCUUGUCUAAUGGAAACCUGCCCAUUCCUGGGCAGCAGGACAGGGAGAUCUUCCAAGAGACAAUGGAGUCCAUGAAAAUCAUGGGAUUUAACCAUGAAGAAAUCAUGUCAAUGCUGAAAAUGGUGUCAGCGGUUCUGCAGUUUGGCAAUAUAGUUUUCCGGAAAGAAAGGAACACAGAUCAAGCAUCAAUGCCAGAUAACACAGCUGCUCAGAAACUGUGCCACCUCCUGGGACUCAAUGUCACAGAGUUUAGUCGUGCCAUCCUGAUGCCAAGGAUUAAAGUUGGCCGUGAUUAUGUCCAGAAGGCCCAGACUAAAGAACAGGCGGACUUUGCUGUGGAAGCCCUGGCAAAAGCUCUAUAUGAAAGACUGUUCCGCUGGUUGGUUCACCGCAUUAACAAGGCUCUGGACAGGACCAAAAGGCAAGGCGCCUCUUUCAUAGGCAUCCUGGAUAUCGCUGGCUUUGAAAUCUUUGAGCUGAACUCCUUUGAACAGCUGUGCAUCAAUUACACAAAUGAGAAGCUUCAGCAACUGUUCAACCACACAAUGUUUGUUCUGGAGCAGGAGGAAUAUCAGCGUGAGGGCAUUGAGUGGAACUUUAUUGACUUUGGGCUUGAUCUGCAACCCUGUAUUGACCUCAUUGAGAGACCGGCAAACCCUCCAGGUGUCCUGUCCCUGCUGGAUGAGGAGUGCUGGUUCCCCAAAGCCACUGAUAAGAGCUUUGUUGAAAAAGUUAUCCAGGAAUUGGGAAAUCACCCUAAAUUCCAGAAACCUCGACAAUUGCGAGACAAAGCUGAUUUGUGCAUCAUUCAUUAUGCUGGGAAGGUGGAUUACAAAGCAGAUGAAUGGCUGAUGAAGAACAUGGAUCCACUGAAUGACAAUGUGGCCACCCUGCUGCACCAAAGCACUGACAAGUAUACCGCUGAGCUUUGGAAAGAUGUGGAUCGGAUCGUGGGCCUGGACCAAGUAAGUGGAAUGGGAGAGAUGUCUUUUGGCUCAUCAUACAAAACCAAGAAGGGAAUGUUUCGCACAGUGGGCCAGCUCUACAAAGAGUCCCUGUCCAAGCUUAUGUCUACUCUCAGAAACACCAACCCCAACUUUGUACGGUGCAUUAUACCCAAUCAUGAGAAGAAGGCUGGAAAGCUGGAGCCUCACCUUGUACUUGACCAGCUACGCUGUAAUGGUGUCCUGGAGGGAAUCCGUAUUUGCAGACAGGGCUUCCCAAAUCGAAUUGUAUUCCAAGAGUUUAGGCAAAGGUAUGAGAUUCUGACCCCAAAUGCCAUUCCCAAAGGAUUCAUGGAUGGCAAGCAAGCUUGUGCAAUAAUGAUCAGAGCUUUGGAGCUUGACCCUAACCUGUACCGCAUAGGACAAAGUAAAAUCUUCUUCCGAGCUGGAGUACUGGCACACUUGGAAGAGGAAAGAGACCUAAAGAUCACUGACAUUAUUGUAUUUUUCCAAGCUGCUGCUCGGGGUUACCUGGCCAGGAGGGCAUUUUAUAAGAAGCAGCAGCAGAUGAGUGCUCUAAAAGUGGUGCAGCGGAAUUGCGCCGCCUACCUCAAGCUCAGACACUGGCAGUGGUGGAGGCUCUUCACCAAGGUAAAGCCAUUACUGCAAGUAACCCGUCAGGAUGAGGUCAUGCAAGCAAAGGUUGUAGAACUGCAAAAGGUGAAAGACACCCAAGUAAAGACUGAAUCAGAGCUGAAGGAAAUGGCUAACAAGUACCAGCAGUUGUUUGAAGAGAAGAGCAUCUUGGCUGAGCAGUUACAAGCAGAAACAGAGCUUUUUGCCGAAGCAGAAGAAAUGCGCGCCAGACUUGCAUCCAAAAAGCAGGAAUUGGAAGAGAUUUUGCAUGACUUGGAGGCUCGUGUGGAAGAGGAGGAAGAACGUACCUUGCAGCUACAAAACGAGAAGAAAAAGAUGCAUCAACAUAUACAGGAUUUGGAAGAACAGCUGGAGGAAGAAGAAGGAGCUCGACAGAAACUACAGCUAGAAAAAGUAACCACAGAGUCUAGGCUGAAGAAAAUGGAAGAAGAUAUACUCUUACUGGAAGACCAGAAUGCCAAACUGGCCAAGGAGAGGAAACUGCUGGAUGACCGCAUUGGUGAAUUCACUUCAACUAUGGCUGAAGAAGAGGAGAAAGUGAAGAGCUUGAAUAAAUUGCGUAACAAAUACGAAGCCGUCAUUGCUGACCUGGAAGAUCGUCUUAAAAAGGAAGAAAAGGGAAGGCAAGAGAUGGAGAAGAUGAAGAGGAAGCUGGAUGGUGAAACCACUGAUUUACAGGAUCAGCUGCUAGAGCUGCAGCAGCAGAUAGAGGAACUAAAGCAACAGCUGGCUCGUAAGGAAGAAGAACUCCAAGCUGCUCUUGCAAGAGUUGAUGAUGAAGUAGGACAAAAGAACAAUUUGCUCAAACAACUUCGAGACUUGCAGUCACAGCUCGCUGAGUUACAUGAAGAUCUAGAGUCAGAGAAGGCUGCACGAGCAAAGGCAGAAAAGCAGCGUCGGGACCUUGGUGAGGAGUUGGAGGCCCUGAAAACAGAGCUGGAAGACACUCUCGACUCCACUGCUGCACAGCAAGAGCUCAGAGCCAAAAGGGAACAAGAGGUGACAGACCUGAAGAAAACAAUAGAGGAAGACGUAAAAGUUCGAGAUGCCCAAGUAACAGAAAUGCGCCAGCGACACAACCAAGUGGUGGAAGAGAUCUCUGAACAGCUGGAGCAGGCACGAAGGUUCAAGGGGAAUCUGGAGAAGGUAAAGCAGACCCUGGAGAGUGAGAACACUGACCUCAUUAAGGAAGUCAAGAAUCUUCAAGCAGCUAAACAGGAUUCAGAACAACGCAGGAAGAAGCUGGAGCAGCAGGUGUCGGAAUUUCAGAUCCGCACCAACGAAAGUGAAAAGGUCAAGUUCGAACUGGCGGAGAAACUGCAGAAACUGCAGGCUGAAUUAGAUGGUGUAUCGGGCGCCCUUGGAUCAACAGAAGGCAAGUCAAUCAAACUAACCAAAGACUUGUCAACAGUGCAGUCCCAACUGCAGGAUACCCAGGAGUUGCUUCAGGAGGAAACAAGACAAAAGUUGAAUUUUAGCUCUCGAGUUAGGCAGCUGGAGGAGGAAAAGAAUAACCUUAUGGAGAACCUAGAGGAAGAGGAAUCUGCUAAGGCCCAGCUAAGCCGCCAGUUACAGGCUUUGCAACAACAGCUUCUCGAGUCUAAGAAGAGGAUGGAGGACCAGGGUGGUAUGGUGGAGGCUAUGGAGGAAGCCAAGAAGAAAUCAUAUAAAGAAUUAGAGUUCCUCCAGCAACGCUUUGACGAGAAACAUCAAAUAAACGAUAAGCUAGAGAAGACAAGAAACCGCUUACAGCAGGAGCUGGAUGACUUGAUGGUGGAUUUGGACCAUCAACGGCAAAUAGUCUCCAAUCUGGAGAAAAAGCAGAAGAAGUUUGACCAGAUGCUAGCUGAAGAGAAAAACAUCUCUGCACGUUAUGGAGAAGAGCGAGAUCGUGCUGAGGCCGAGGCUCGUGAGAAGGAAACAAAGGCCCUGUCUCUAAGUCGGGCCCUGGAAGAGGCCAUUGACCUAAAAGAUGAGCUGGACAGGCAGAACAAGCAAUUAAGAGCAGAGAUGGAUGAUCUAGUUAGCUCCAAAGAUGAUGUUGGCAAGAAUGUUCAUGAGCUGGAAAGGUCUAAACGGGCCUUGGAACAGCAAGUUCAGGAAAUGAAGACCCAGAUUGAGGAACUGGAGGAUGAGCUACAGGCCAUUGAAGAUGGCAAACUUCGCUUGGAGGUCAAUAUGCAAGCAAUGAAAGCUCAGUUUGAAAGAGACCUCCAAAACCGAGAUGAUUCCAAUGAUGAAAAGAAGAAGCUGCUCUUCAAACAGGUACGAGAGAUGGAAGUGGAGUUGGAAGAGGAAAGGAAACAGAAAUCCCAGAUUCUUGCUGCCAAGAAAAAGCUUGAAAUGGAUCUACAGGAUAUGGAAAGCCAGAUGGACUCUGCUAACAAAGGUCGGGAUGAAGCUGUUAAACAGCUGAAAAAACUACAGCUCCAGUUCAAAGAAGUGUGGCGUGAAGUGGAGGAGACCAGGGCAGCACGAGAUGAGAUCUUUGUUCAGUCUAGGGAUAAUGAGAAGAAACUGAAGAGCCUGGAGGCUGAACUGCUUCAACUACAAGAGGACCUGGCAGCCGCCGAACGUGCAAAGAGACAAGCUCAGCAGGAGAGAGACGACCUGGCAGAUGAGCUGUCCAAUGGAGUCAGUGGCAAAUCGGCCCUGCUGGAUGAGAAGAGAGCCCUGGAGAUGCGUAUCUCUCAGCUGGAAGAGGAGCUGGAUGAAGAGCAGAGUAAUACAGAGCUUAUUAAUGACAGAUACAGGAAAUUAACUUUGCAGGUGGAGACAAUAACCACUGAGCUCUCAGCCGAGCGAAGCUUUUCUCAGAAGGCAGAGAAUGCCCGUCAACAAAUGGAGAGGCAGAAUAAAGAACUUAAGGUGAAACUGAAUGAGAUGGAUUCCACCAUGAGGUCGAAGUACAAGAUCACCAUCGCCUCUCUUGAGGCCAAGAUUAGCCAGCUGGAAGAGCAGAUGGAGCAGGAGUCUAAGGAACGUAUCAUAGCCAAUAAGCUGGUCCGACGUGCUGAAAAGCGGCUUAAGGAGGUGCUGCUGCAGGUGGAAGAGGAAAGACGGAAUGCAGAUCAGUUCAAGGAGCAGCUGGAGAAGGCAAAUAUACGCAUGAAGCAGCUGAAGCGCCAAUUGGAGGAGGCCGAGGAAGAGGCUUCACGCGCCAACUCCAACCGCCGCCGGCUGCAGAGAGAGCUGGAAGAUGUGACUGAAUCAGCAGAGUCCAUGAACCGAGAAGUGACCACCCUGAGAAGCAGGCUUAGCAAAUUAGAGCGUCAGCAACGCAAGCGGGCACCUAUACAGUUCACCACAAGAACUAUCCGCCAGGUGUAUCAACUGGAAGCAGUUUCCGACGAGGAACCCGAAUCCCACAGCGGAGAACCAUCUGCCAACCAUCAGCAGCAGCAGCCUCCCCAGGCAGAGUGAUGAUGGGCAGAAGAUGGGAGCGGUGCCGACCUGCCCUCCCUCAAACCCAGCCACAAGCGCUGAAACGGUCCAACACUCUACACAGUGUAGUGACUACCUUGUCUCUUAAAAAAGACAUUUGAAAGAGUGACUCAAGAACACUCCACACGAGUGCACUAAAUCCUUUGUCUUCUUCUCUCAGCCAUGGAUCUUACAGAGCACAUUAUAAGGGAUGGACCCCAGUAGUGGCAUCAGCACACACUGUACCAGGGCAGAACUACUCCUGCAGGGAAGAUGUAGGGCAAUGUGCAGUACCCGCACCCCUGACUGCUUGCCAUUACCAAACACUAUGUGUGUCCAUCACUUGCUCCCGAGUGCUUUCUCAGCAUCACCACACUCCAGAUCCAUCACACUGGUCUUGAGCUUUAAUCUGUAUGGCUGAAUUAUCCCCACCCCCUGCCCCAUAUCUACUAAGUGUUAAGAUUUCCCAUGAUCUCAAGCAGAUUUUUCCAUGUAUGUAGAGAAUAACAGUCCUUUGUAAUCAGAGAUUAAACCAAGUCACUACUCCUAUGGGCAUCUUCUGAGGGCCUCUUGGCUAAAUAUAGUAGCACUUACAAUGUAUGUAUAACAGUAAAAUAAUAACCCGCCUUUUAUAAACCCAGACACUUAGUUGUUAUUAGCGGAAACCAUUGAUACUGACCCAAAUAUCACUGAAGAACUGCAUUUCAUACAUUCCCAGAGAGUUAUUUUUAUAUCUAUAUACCUUAAGCAUCAUUUUGUUUCCGGUAAGGUCAGAAGCAUUCUUGCCAUUUUGCACCCAGCUUUACGUGCCAGUGUAGGCUUAGUGGGACAUUAUUGAUGUGAUGCCUGCUGUCCUAGGUUCUCAUUUGUAAGGAGCAAAGCUAAUAUGGACCCUUACAAUGAUGCAAAUCUGUAACUUUUUGUAGGAUAUAUAGAAUACAAGAGCAUUUAACCGUGUGUGUGCCAAAGAUGUUGGCAAUACGCAGGUGGCAGGUUUUCUACUGUGCUCAGGACAUCAAGUCAUAAAUGCAGUUUGUGCAGCCGUGUAAUGGUUGUGUGCCUUUGUUAGAAUCCUGAUACCCUUUAGGCACAGGGAUGGCUUAGCCAGGGCUCUUGAGCCACCAUGGCACAUAGCACCCACUCAGUGAGCCACAGGCUGCCAGCUUUCGCCUCGGCACCAUUUGUCUACACAUAUCUGUGCAUGUCUGGAACAGUGCUUUUUAACAAUAGGGAAUCUGAGGCAAGUCCAAGAAGCUUGAUACGAUCAAAGCUCAUUUUAAUGGAAAACUGAAACUGGAUUUAUUUUUUAAAUGUUUUAUUUAAUUUUAUUGUGUAGCAUUUUUUUUCUUUACUGGGGAUUAUUGAGUUUUCUAGAGUAGGUUUGUCAUUUGUGAUCCAUAACAGCUGGUUUGUUUUUCUUCUGAGUGCGGCUCCCAGCAACCCACCACAAGCCAAGCCUGCGAGUGAUGUUGUAGAUCAACCACAGAUACCAAACCCUUCAUGAUGUUAUUUGUAUAAAAUGAAACUGUGGGCAAUAUAUCUGACACAUGACUGUAGAAUGUUCUAUUCAUGUGAGAGCAUCUAAAGCCAUUGCUAAACCCAGCAGCGAUAUGAGAAUGGCACAUACUGGCAGGGACAGGACAUUGUAACGGUGUAGAUUUGAGCAAAUGAUCCGCGUGUCACUAUUCCUAGAUUCCCCAGAGCUCUUGCAUAUUGAGUGUUAAUGAGAUAUCUGUGCGCUCAGGCUGUGUAACACUGACGGCAUCAGAAAGGCUUGCCCUGGUGCCCAGGGACCUGUAUAUGUAGAAGGUAGCUGGCAGGCAUACUGUGUGUAUAAAUAUGGCCCUGUGUGACUUUCACUCUACUAAUCUUCUCUUUCUCUCUUGCUGUCAAUGAAAUGAAAAAAUACAUUUUUAAAUUUAGGCAGAUAUUUUUGUCUUUUAUUUUUUAAUUUGAAAAUGUUCUAAAAGAAAACCCAGCUUGAUUUACAAAUGUGAGCCCAAAGCGCUAAAGUGGACACAAAAUUGUGCAUAUUUGGACACUAUUACAUAAGCACAUACACACACUUAGCAAAAUGCUCUGCCCCACAAUGCACCUGUUCCAUCUGCUCUGAUGCAUUGCGCAGGCAGCACAGAAGGAAGGGGGCCCUAGGAACGGAUGCCUUGAGAACGAGGCACUUCCAGGUGUUCCAUGGCACAAGUGGCACGCUAAUGUGUAAAUCCUGCACAAGUUGUUAUGCACACUGUGACACAAAUUCUAGUUCAAUACACUGCAUCUUGGGUAAAAAAAAUGAUUUGUAUCCAUUUGACCACUUUGUGUUUGCAUUAGUAAAUUCUGAUUCAGAAUUCGUAAUUGUGUAACUGACAAAACAGCAUAAUGCCUUGUCUGAGCAUUUGGUCCCUGUAAACACUGAAAGAAACAUCUGCUCCUUGAAGGAAAUGGUAAAUGGCUUUUAUUAAAUUGUCAUUCUAAGAA